GGCAUUGCUGGCGUGUCGGUGUUUCACGGCGGCCUACGCGAGUCGCCGCGGAGAGGCGGAUUUCAAAAUACGUCGUACCUAACCGUCGUUGUCGGCGGGUGAACCGCGUAAUAUCUGCGCUAGACGUUAGCCAAGAAGAAGCUCGCGAAAUGUCGGACGGCGAGGACGAUUUCAUGUGCGAGGAGGAGGAGGAUUACGGACUGGAGUAUUCCGAGGACUCCAACUCUGAACCGGACGUCGAUCUAGAAAAUCAAUAUUACAAUAGUAAAGCUCUCAAGGAGGACGACCCGAAGGCUGCUUUACAAAGUUUUCAGAAAGUGCUGGAUCUGGAAGGCGGCGAGAAAGGAGAGUGGGGCUUCAAGGCUUUGAAACAGAUGAUCAAAAUUAAUUUUAAACUGUCCAAUUAUAAAGAGAUGAUGUCAAGGUAUAAACAAUUGUUAACGUACAUUAAAAGUGCAGUUACUAGAAAUCACUCGGAAAAGUCAAUAAAUUCUAUAUUGGAUUAUAUUAGUACAUCAAAGAAUAUGGAGUUAUUGCAAGACUUCUAUGAAACCACAUUAGAUGCAUUAAAGGAUGCAAAGAACGAUAGGUUAUGGUUCAAAACCAACACAAAAUUGGGUAAACUCUAUUACGACCGUUCAGAUUUUAAUAAAUUGGCAAAAAUACUGAAACAACUUCAUCAAAGUUGUCAGACUGAUGAUGGAGAAGACGAUUUGAAAAAGGGGACGCAGUUAUUGGAAAUUUAUGCCUUAGAGAUACAGAUGUAUACAGCACAAAAGAACAAUAAGAAAUUGAAAACCCUGUAUGAGCAGAGUCUUCACAUUAAAAGCGCUAUUCCUCAUCCACUAAUUAUGGGUGUCAUUAGAGAAUGUGGAGGUAAGAUGCAUUUAAGGGAAGGCGAAUUUGAAAGAGCUCACACUGACUUCUUCGAAGCGUUCAAAAAUUACGACGAGUCCGGCUCACCAAGACGUACAACAUGUUUAAAGUACUUAGUUUUGGCCAACAUGUUAAUGAAAUCUGGUAUUAAUCCAUUUGAUUCACAAGAGGCGAAACCAUACAAGAACGAUCCUGAAAUUUUAGCAAUGACAAAUUUAGUUGUCAGUUAUCAGAAUAAUGAUAUUAAUCAGUUCGAAUUAAUUCUAAAACAGAAUAGGAACAAUAUUAUGGACGAUCCCUUUAUUAGAGAGCACAUUGAAGAUUUGCUACGGAACAUACGUACACAGGUUCUAAUCAAAUUGAUAAGACCAUAUACUAGAAUUUAUAUUCCUUUCAUAAGCAAGGAAUUGAACAUUGACGUCUCAGAGGUGGAAAGUCUCUUGGUAUCUUGCAUUUUGGACAAUACUAUUCACGGUCGUAUAGAUCAGGUAAAUCAGGUUCUCGAAUUGGAUAAGAAAUCUGUAUGUGCUGCACGUUACAACGCUCUCGACAAAUGGGCAGGUCAGUUGCAAUCCUUGCAUACAGCUAUUGUGAACAAAAUGUCUUAAGUGACACGACGCGCAUUCUGCAAUAAACAAUCUACUUUCACCUUAUGUAUAGUAUAUCAUAAAGCCCCAUACAGAUAUAAGAAGAAAUGAAGUCUAUUGUGAUAUAAUAAAUUUAGCAUUUUAGCACGGGA